UCCAAUCACAGCUGAUCACAUGUAAACAGGGAAAUGGGACAUGUACACUGAUCAUCAGAACACUGAUGAUCAGUGUGCCCUGAUGAUCAGUGUAGCCCCAGCAGUGCCACCUGUCAGUGUCCAUCAGUGCCAGCUGUCAGUGCUCAUCAGUGCCACGUGCCAGUGCCACAUCAAUGCCACAUAUCAGUGCCUACCAGUGCACAUCAAUGCCACAUAUCAGUGCCCAUCUGAGCUGCCUUUCAACGUCACCCAUCAGUGCCAGUCAGUGCCACCUAUCAAUGCCAGUCAGUGCUGCCUAUCAGUGCCCAUAUGUGCCGCCUAUCAGUGCCAGUCAGAGCCGCCUAACAAU